CGGGGCCACGCUCCAGACCGGCCACCGCUCCGGAGCGAGCCCCGAGCCUCCCUCUGCCUGGAGUUGCAGUUCGUCUCCGAUCCCCUUGGGAUUUAAACCUUCUUGCAUAUAUAUAUAUUUUUUCCCCUCCUUCCUCCUCCUCCUUCUGUCUUUUUCUCCCGUGCAAAGUGGAGCAGGAACUGCACCAAGGCAGCCCGCGAGAUCCUGCAAUACCGCUCCGAUUUGUCCCUGCUAUUAUUCCUAAUUAAUUAUUAUUUUUGACCUCGCCCCAGCCGGGGAGGGAAGCGGGACCAUUCUCGGCAAGAGAAACAUUUCUCUCCUUAUCAAUAAAGAUUUUUGAUUUUUCCCCUCUCGGCGGAGGGCCGGGUGGAGGGCAGGCACGGCGGGGGGGGCCGGCCCUCGGCGGAGAGCGCAGCCCCGCGGUCCCGGCGCGGCGCGGAGCGGCGGCCGCGGCGGGGGGAGGCGGCCCCAGCGCCGCCCGCGCGAGGGGGGCAGCCGCCCCAGACAGGUGAUGGGCGUUUCGGCUGCGCUCCGGAUCGACUCCUUGGGUUUCACUUUGGUCUGAUCUAAGCAAAUAUGCAGAAGUACCGGCUGGUCUAGUCCUAAGAGCCAAGAGGAGCGAGCGAGAGCGGCAGAAGGGAGAGCAGCCACGCUCCCGUAGCGAGGGGAACGUACAAACAGCGGCCGCGCCGUCAUUAAGCCACCGCCGCCCCGGGCAGCCCCGACCCACCCUGGAUGCGGAGGACCCCCGAGCCACCCCGCUGCCUUUCCCCUGAGGGAUGGUACUGAAUUCCUGCGCGGCAGGAGCCGGCCUGCAGCCCCUCUCCAUCAGCGUUGCCUUCCCUCCGUGUCUAAAGUGCACUAGACCGCGAUGAGGACCUGGGCUUGCGUUUUGCUGAUAGGUUUUGGGUACCUGUCCUUUACCUUCUCCGAGGAGGCCGAGAUCCCGCAGGAGCUCAUCGAGCGGCUGGCGCACAGCGAGAUCCACAGCAUCCGCGACUUGCAGCGCCUCCUGGAGAUUGACUCCGUAGGAUAUGAUGAUGUUUCAGAAACAAACUUGAGAUCUUACAGUGUUCAUUCUGCUAAACAUGUGCAAGAGAACCGUCCUGUGCCCAUUCGCAGAAAAAGAAGCAUUGAGGAGGCCAUCCCGGCGGUGUGCAAGACGCGGACGGUGAUCUACGAGAUACCUCGGAGCCAGAUCGACCCCACCUCGGCCAACUUCCUGAUAUGGCCGCCCUGCGUGGAGGUGAAGCGCUGCACCGGCUGCUGCAACACCAGCAGCGUCAAGUGCCAGCCCUCCCGGAUACACCACAGGAGUGUCAAGGUGGCAAAAGUGGAGUAUGUUAGAAAAAAGCCAAAAUUAAAAGAAGUUCUGGUGAGAUUAGAAGAGCAUAUGGAAUGCACCUGUACAUCAUCAAAUACUAAUUCAGAUUAUAGAGAAGAAGAAACUGGCGAGACCGAGGCAUGGAGAAAAGCCUGUGCAAGGUCAUACAGCAAGGCUGUGGCAGAACCAGGGAGAGGACUCAGAUCUGAGUGCUCAUCCAGUGCCCUAAAUCACACGACCAUCUUCCCUUUCCAAGAAUGAAUCCUUGCACCCUUAGAGCUAAAUACUGAAAAGAUUGAGGGCCCUAACAUGGAAAAACACUUUAAGAGAUGCCUGUGUUUGCUCAUCUUCAAACUGGUGCCUGAGCAUGCUCCUAGGUUUGGACAAACAUCCCACUGACCUCAGGCAAAUGGAGCAGAGUUGAUACUUUAUUUUUUAAUUAGCGUGUGCCUUCCUGACACAGGAUCCCAGUUGUGGGCUGGGGGUCUUUGUGCUCUCAGAGUGUUGAAGUAUUUUGUAAUUAACCCCAAGGAUGAAGUAACAAGACUUGUGUAUACAACUAGGAAAGCAGCUGGGAGUGUGCCACUCCUGCUCCCAUGGAGGUUGCCAUUUUGAAUUACAUAUUUGUUAUUUUUGGGGAAAAUAUUUUCUUGGCAUGUGUGGAUUCAGGACUGUAGUUGCUAAUGCCAGUGAGCCCACUUCAGAUGAUCUGUUUGGGUACCUCAGGAUACAGUUUGAAAACUCACAGUUGUACUGAUAACAGACACAUAUAUUUGAGGUGGGAGAAAUUAUUGAGAGCAAAUUUCAUGUGAAAUUUGACAACUUUUGGCUUAAAAACAAAAAAAGAAAAAGAAUUAGAAAGGUAGAAUAAACAAGACCAAAGGCUCGAUCACUCUUUUUUCAGUUGUGGCAUGCCACCUGUCCCUUUAGUCAUUCUAAUUACUUGCUGCAUCAGGCUAAAGUAUGUGCUGAAGUAGCUCAGAAUCACUACAACAUGUGAAAAGUUAGGGCUGGUUCUUGUUGAACUGCUGCCUAUUACCAUGGCAUAUGACUGUGAGGUGGGGCCCACAAUCACAGUUGUAAAUCAAAGAACAAGUCAUAGGUUAGGUUCUGUUUUCCUUAGAUAUUGUCUCUAAGUUUGUUUUCUGUAUGCUGGUCUCGAGUGGCGUUUGGUGAGCCUUCCAAUUAGGUGGAAAGUCAUGAGUACCUCUUUUCCAGCCUGAAGGCAAGAAAGUGCUAACUCUUAGUCUAGCUCAUAAUCAAUGGAUGAAAUUCUGGGAGCAUCCUGGUGAUAGAAUUUCUGUCACUUGAAGAUUUCAUGUCACAUUUUUCCAGGGUUACUUCUUCCCGUAGAGAGGAAUCAAAUUAUAUGUUUGACUAACUAGCAGGCCACCAAAUCUGACUUGGUUUGAGUUUUGAGCAACUCAAGAAUUUCUCUUUGGACUGAUACUUGUGUAUGCCAGAUGUCUCCCAAAUUCUCAGAUAAAAUACACCAAAAAAAGGCACACUUGAGUGCUUCAACAGAAAAGAAGUUCACAUGUGAAGGCUGGAGUAGUCCCUGAAACCAGUAAAUAAGGAGCCAAGCUUGUGACAAGUGUUACACACUCAUCUUCAGAUCAGACCUGGUGUUUUGGCCUCUAUAUACUAUCUUUGUUCUUGCAUAAUGAAGGCAACUGGGUUUACUGUCCAACUUUGAAUUCAGAGUAGCUAUUAAAUCAGGUGUGCAAAAAGCAGAAACACACAGAGAUGCAGUUGAGCCUACAGGGCUUAAAAUCCCCAGGGAUUUUGAAAACAUCUUAAUUCUUGAAAACAAUCACAAAUAAGUAGGAGAAAAGCAUUUUAAACACUUCUGAAAAUCCCACCCUGGUUUAAUUGGCAGGUUAAAAAAGGAUCCAGAAGAGAUAUUACUUAUAAGGAUCAUUCAGUAACAAAGUGUAUGCUUGUAGAGAAGGCCCAUGCUUAAAUCUUUCAGCAGUUAAUUAUCAUCUUUACAGACCAUAAUACUAGAAUACUUCACUUAUCAAUGCAUCAGGGCUUGGAUGAACUUUGAGACGCAUGAAAACAAGACACUCCUUAGGCCUGUGGUAGCUCUGUGUUCUGGUAACUGAUCAACCAAUUACAUAAUUGGUCAGGUCUCUGCCUUGCAUGAGCAGAUACAACUCCAUUGACUUCUCUGGAGGUGACAGUUACCUGAGAACUGACCCGAAACUCUUGCCACGAAGCAGAUAAUGGUUUCAUAUUUUGCUGUUUAGUAUUGUUGUAAAAAUAGACUCAUUUCCUGGAGCAGUUAGAACAAGAAAAUAGGGAAAAGCAAUUUCCCACAGAGACUCAUCCACGCUGGAAUUCACCGAGGACCCCGGAUGUGAACAUGUGCUGAUAGAAAACAUAAAACGGCAACUUUGUUUAGGGAAGCCUCUGACCUGUCAAAAAUGCAGAGCAUUUCUUACCAGACUUUUCCUUGGCAAUUAGUGGGUAGAAUUACUCAUAGAAAUUGUUUUGUUUGCUCACAAGGGGAGAAGACAUAAAUUCAAGAUAGCCUCUCUGACCACAAGACUCUGUUCACAGAGGGCCUAUGGCUGAAGUGCUGUGUGGCCUCAGCUCCCUUUGGGGGUGAACUCAAACUUUUAGACCUCAGUGAAGUAUGAAGGACUCCUCCAGACUUGCUGGAUAUCCCUAGAUGGAAUUUUUUCAACAGUCUGAGGGAUUUGGACAUCCACUUUUAAUUCAUUUUUACGUAACUUUCAAGAAACCUUUGUUGGCUUCAGAGCAUCUGUCUUGGUUCUAAAGAGAGAGGGAGGAGAGAUGCUCCAGCACUUCCAGUGUGGGUGAGGGCUCUGCUCGCACACUUGGAAGUGAGGACAUUUCUUGGCCCAAAUUUACCCACUGUAAAGCAUUCUGCUCAGAGGACUCCUUGGAGCCAGGAAGCUCCUCAGAAAUCUGCCCAAGAUCUGAAUUCCCCUUGACUACAAGGGGUUUCCAAAGCAAAAGUGACAGUAGCAAUUUAUCUCAGAGUGGGAUAAACUCCUACAGGCUGCGUAGGAGUUGGGCAGGUUAAUGCUCAGCCUGUGUGCUUCAGCGAUUGCCCCAAAUACUGCUUUUAAAUCCAAGUUUAACUGCUCUGGGAUAUAUUUCUUGUAGAGGUGCUUCAGAAGAGCUUGGCUAACAGCUUGUACCCAUUUGUUAAGAGCCUCUGGCCCUUCCAGAGUGGUCGGGCUAUGCCUGCGUAGAUGACGGGUUUUGGGGCCUUGCAGCUGGGCUUAGUGAGUGCAAAUGUUUCCCAUUAGCUCCCUGCAUACCCUAAGUUGUGAUUCAGCAAGAGAGACAGUGCAAAGCUGAACUUGAGACGUGAGAGAUGUUUCUUUGAAGCUCCAUAGGCAUGAUCUGAGUGGACUUGGCUGAGGCCCUGAGGAGCACACUGUGCUAACACAGCGCAGUUUAGUCUUUUCCUCUUAAGCAUUGUCUAGAGAGAUCUGAGUUUCAGAAGGGUCUAGAACCUUUCAAUAAACUAUUCCAUAGGAAUGAGGGAGAGCUUUAACUAUUCAGUGGUUUUCUACCAGUAAGCUCAGCCACACUGAGCUAAGCUUGCCCUCUCUGGGCCUUCCUUUCCUUAGUUUCUUCAGAAUGUUUCUUUUCAAAGGCAAGUGGGGAAAAAAAAUCUUGAAAUGGGACCUUAAAAAGGUGGGGAAUUAAGCAGAUCAUAUCAUCUUGAUUCCUUUAUCUCACUUAAUUAAGGAGAAGUUUGCCAAUAGUGAUCUGGUAUUUCCUAAAACAAGCAUAUAUGAAGAACACUUUGAGGAACUUCAAAAGAAUUUUCAGGCUAGAUCAGGAAAAGAUAAAAACAGAAGUGGAAACUUCUAACACACUUUAUAUUUCAGUACUUACAGGAAGUACAUUGUUGCAUAGGAUACUAAUGAAUUCUGCAGGAGGAGGUUUCCAAAAGAAAAAUGAAAUGGCACCUUCUCUAUCUUAGAGAAAAGGUCUGAGGGUUUUUGCAAUUAUGACAGAUAUGCAGUGGAUAUGUAUGGUCAUAUCACCUGGAGAGAGUCUAUCUCUGGCAAAAGGCUACUCGGAGUUUCAAGUGUGUACACUAUUGAAUUUCUGCAGUAACUUCCUGGUCUAGCUGUGAAAAGUGAUAAAGGGAAUGGUAAAAGUCUAUCUUGCUUUCAGUUGCCCUGUUCUACACCCCAGAGGGCAGAAAUGCUGCCCUGCGUGUAGCUGGGUGCAGGAAGCUUGGCAGACACACAGUGGAGUGCCUAAGAAUGAACACAUAAAGUUGGUGCUGAUGUUCCCAACCAGGUAGUGAGGCCAGAAAAAUGAAAAUAGCAACAUGGAUACUCCAAUACACCAGUGACACUUGUCUGGAAAAAUUAUUAUUUGACAGGGUCUUAAUUAACUCAAGUGAAGAAGUAAUUCUAAAAUCCUGAUUUUGGAAUCCCAGAGAGUUAAUGCUCUCAGAAACGAUGUGAUACAGGAUUGCUUCACAUUUGUAAAGCACACAGAAAUCACAGGUAACAGUUUUGUACUGUUUGAAAAGUUCUCUGGUGUCAGCAGAGAACUCUGUGGUGCCUUGAGAGUGGAAGGUUUGUGCCUCAGGCUCAGCUCAAGUGUUCAAGUCCAGGUAUGAACAUAUUUUAGGCAGCAAGGCAUUUUCAUCAAGAUUGAAACACAUGGACAUUUUUUUCUUGUGUACAGGCAAGAUAUUUAAAUAUUGGGUUAGCUGCUCUUUGUAUCUUCAGGGCCCCAGAUCCUUCUAAGCCUGUGGUCACUGGAAGGCUCUCUGACUGAAAAUCCAGAGGCCUUUGCCCUUGUGAAAGUUUAUACUCUUGCUUGGAAGGGAAAUUUGGACUCCUGAGUUACAAAGAUGCUUUUGCAAUUGUUAUAUCUGUCUUUCUGCUUCUUUAUAAAUCAACCUGCUGGGUCUGAACUGAAUGUUUAAUAAACAGCUAAAAGACUCUCUGAUGGCUUCUUUCUGAGUGUUUCCCUUAGGAAGCCCUUGGGAUCACAUGGCAUCUGCCCUGACCUUAAGGACUUGCUUUCUGGAGGCUUUUUUACAAAGCUAACAAACCUCACAUUUUAACUAGCUGUUAAAUAAGCCAGUCAGUGGUAACUAUUCAGGACAGGGAUUAGGAGAGUAUUCUUGCUGGCAUACAAGAUGGCUCUGUCCAUGUGCUGGCCAGGGAUGAAGGGCUGGAAAACCGUGGGGUGGAAGAGACUAUUAAUGUGAUUUUCCACAACUUUCCUUGCAGCUGCAUUUUUGAGAGGAGAGAGAGAGAGAUGGCUAGGCUUGCAGUAACAUGUUGUGCCGUCAUAAAUGCUACAGCCACCAUCUGUUUCCAGCCCACGACUUGAAAGAAAACUGAGCAGUAAUCUCAUAAUUCACAUGAGUGUUUUACACUUGUGAACCCUUCCCAACCUUUGUCUAAUAAUGAGGGGAGUGCAUGGUGCUAAGUUUUGUAUUUUUCCUGUACGUAUUAGUGUUUAUUUGUAUGUCUUCUCCUGUUUUGUUGUUUUGUGGGGUUUAAAAAAAAAAAUCACUGGGAGGAAAAUCAGACCAGUUCCACGGUCAAAAGAAACAUAAUAAAGGCAAAAUCCCAAUUCCACUGAUCUUGCUGGCAAAAUUCUCCAGGAGGAGGUGCAUUUAACAUUCCUCAGUGUGUCUAUCUUAGUUACUUGUUGAUGAAAAGAAAGAGAGACAUUAGAAAGUGAAGAGGCAGGUUGCUGAACUGCCCUUUCCCUGCAGAAGCAGAGCUGCUACAAGAGCUGGACAUGUGCAUUUUAAACCGAACCAUCAGGCAGGAUGGUGAUGGUAGGUUGGAUUUUAAUGAAAACAGAUUCUUCUGCUAAUCUUUGCUUGGGGCUGGCCCUCGGCAGGAUUAAGGAUCCCACCUGCUGUGCCAAAGACACGCUCAGGUUUGGGGCUGCUGGUGGGUGGGAAGAACACAAACAUCUGAGAGUGGCUCUGCUGAGCAAUCCCAGUCUGUCCUGGUGCAGUGCCCUCAGGGAAGCCAAAGAAUUGAUUGAGAUCAUUUAGUUGAUGGAAAUACUGCUCACCUCCAGCCUGCAAAAGACGGCUGAGCAUCAUUAAGGAUUUCUUUCUGGCUGCUCUUCGAACCAAGGGCUGCUCUGUCUCUAGGCCUCCUCUCACCUUUGGACCCAAUUUGCACACCUCCUCCUACCACAGCUGAAUGAACUCCUGCUCUCCUCUGGCCUUAGGAACAAUGGCUUUCAUCAUCUCUACCAGACUGCAGAGCAGUUUAAGGAUGAAAGGGCUUCUCAUUUCAUAUAUCCCACUGCUGCUAGAGCUAUAAAUUAUCGAUGGACUGAAUUUAUAGCCAACUGCUACUGCGAGCAAGUGAAAUUUAUUUUGUGUUGUCAUAUGUAUGGUCAAACUGUCCAAGAAGUUGCCAAACAAAAAACUGAGCUGCUGCUGAGCAACCCAUUCAAUCUAUUCUCAUUUUAUUUAAAAAUAAUAAAUAACUGUCAAUCAAAGGAACUUAUUUUGACAAGUGCUACCUGCUGGGUGAUCUGCAGUAUCUCCAGGAUGUGUCUGUAUGUGGAAGAUAGCUGCUAGCUGUUGCCAGGUCCAGCAGACAUGACAUGAAGUACCACCAAGAAAAUGUUUCUGGGUUCACUAGGGUUGGGGACAGGUUGGGGGCCACCUCCUUUUUAACAUUAACAAUUAAAAUUUAAAAACAUUGCUCUUCUGAGAGUGUUUGGUCAGGUUCAGCAGGACUUCUGCUUGAAUCAGUGACAAAUCUCCACUGAGCUGUACAGGGCAGUGGCCCUUCUUCUGUCUCACAGUUUGCUGACAGGUGGAUUGUUGGUGGGUCUCUGGGGUCUGGAAAGCUGGCCUGUGCCUAUUUUGGUGCCUUGUGAUGGCGAUGAGCUAAAAAUGAGAGAGUAGAAACUCUUCAAGCUGCUGAGGUCUGAAUCACAUAUUUCUGUACGAUUUACUUACAGAGCCAACAAGCCUGGGAGGUUAUUUUUGUGUUUUACCCAGGCUCAUUAAUUAGCUGGGGGUGUUGGGAGCUGUCAUAUUGAGCAGCCUUUCCCUGCUCACUCCUGUUGUCCUGCUGGAUUCAAUCCCUGCAGCCUCCCACCCCACUGUCUGUAGUUUAUGGCCACAUCUGGAGUGUCUCCCUGCACACGUGCUGGUAGGAGCCUCCUCCCUGCUGGCACACACGUCAUGGCUUUUGGGGUCUGUGGAGUUACAGUCAUCCUUCCCAACACUUGUUUUUCCAGGAGAGGGAAAGAGAGAAGGAGUACAGGAAGAGCAGUGGCAGGGAAGGCCUCUGACAUGAAAUUCCCAGGAACAGGAUUUGCACAUUUUAUGACUGUUCAGAUGGAAAUGCAAUGGAGCUGAAUUAUUCCUCCUUAAUCCUGCUUUCUCACUUUCCUCCCAGCAGCCUCUUCCCCUGCAGUUUAGGUAAUACAGAAGCUUAUAAACAAAUCCCACCGCGUGAAAAAUAGCAAAGGGGGGGGGAAAAAAAAGGGACCUGGGUUAGGGCUGUGAUGGAUAGACAGGUGGAAGGCAGGCACCAGAAGGGAGGAUGAAUGGUAAAAGCCUUUGAUGGAAGCACUAAAGAGCUAUUGAAAAUCCAAAGGGUGGGGGGAGGGAGGAGAAAGAAUAGCAGGAGGAGGGAAAGCAAGGGAGUCGUGCCCCCCGUCCCCCCGCCCUCUUUCUCAGGAUGUUGAAAGUAUUUGUCCUUCGUUACAAAAUGAUUGAACUGCCGCCAGGCCAGGCCACCCUUCCAGCCAUUGCACUGGGAAACUGGCACUUCUGAAAGCCUCGUCGCCUCUCAAAUUUUAUAGCUUUCCCUUUUUGUGGGAGUUUUUGUGUUGUGCUAUUUGCAGGAUUGUUUUCAGAUUUGCCGCGUAUCAAAGAAACUAUGUUUUGUUUUUGUUGCUCUGACAAACACAGAAUCCAGGUAAUGAAAAGAAAAAUUAAAAAAAUAAAGGCACAUUUUUAUCAGAAAA